AUUACCACGACAACCACUAACAGCAGCUGGGAGGAGGAGGAGCAGCACGGGUUGUCAGUUCGGUGCCGGGGGCCCCACGAGCAAGGCAUCCAUGAGGACGAGUUAGCGGAGAGGGACGGGAGGAGACGAUGAGGAGAAAAAGGAGAAGCUGUGAGAGAUUUGAGCUGCGAGCGUCAGCAGGGAGGAAGCGAGGGAGCGAAAAGAGGAAGAGAAACGGAGAAGUGAUCGAUAGUGAGGAGGACGGUUCUGCAGAGUUCGCCUCUCCCUGCCGGGUCCAGGUCUCCCUGCUCCAGAUCCAGUUGAAGCAGCAGCGCAUCGUCUGACCCGUCCAGAACCACCAGGCCCACCGGCGGCCAUGGCGGCCCGACUCCUCCUCAUGCUGUUUGUCUGCGUGACGCUGAGCGAGGCUCAGUUUCCGUCUGGACAGCGGCUGAAGCCUCGCAUCCAGAGGGACCGACGCAACAUCCGGCCCAACAUCAUCCUGGUUCUGACGGACGACCAGGACGUGGAGCUCGGAUCCAUGCAGGCCAUGAACAAAACCCGCCGCAUCAUGGAGGAGGGCGGGACCUUCUUCUCCAACGCCUUCGUGACCACGCCCAUGUGCUGUCCGUCACGAUCGAGCAUGCUCACUGGGAAGUACGUCCACAACCACAACACCUACACCAACAACGAGAACUGCUCCUCGCCGUCAUGGCAGCGGCAGCAUGAGCCGCGGACCUUUGGCGUCUACCUCAACGGCACGGGAUACAGAACAGCUUUCUUUGGGAAAUACCUGAACGAGUACAACGGCUCGUACGUUCCUGCCGGGUGGAGGGAGUGGCUCGGUCUGGUGAAGAACAGCCGCUUCUACAACUACACGCUGAGCCGCAACGGCGUCCGGGAGAAGCACGGCGCGCAGUACCCUCAGGACUACCUGACCGACCUCAUCACCGCCGAGUCCAUCCGCUAUUUCCGCUCCUCCAAGCGGGUUUACCCCCACCGGCCGGUUCUGAUGGUUCUGAGCCACGCUGCGCCGCACGGACCCGAGGACUCGGCGCCGCAGUACAGCAACGCCUUCCCCAACGCGUCGCAGCACAUAACCCCCAGCUACAACUACGCCCCAAACCCGGACAAGCACUGGAUCAUGCGCUACACGGGCCCCAUGCGGCCCAUCCACAUGGAGUUCACCAACGUGCUGCAGAGGAAGCGGCUGCAGACGCUGCUGUCUGUGGACGACAGCAUGGAGAAGCUGCACAACAUGCUGGUGGAGACGGGCGAGCUGGAGAACACCUACAUCAUCUACACGUCUGACCACGGCUACCACAUCGGGCAGUUCGGCCUCGUUAAAGGUAAAUCCAUGCCCUACGAGUUUGACAUCAGAGUCCCGUUCUACAUCAGAGGACCCAACGUGGAGCAAGGCAGCAUAAACCCACACAUGGUUCUGAACAUCGAUCUGGCGCCGACCAUCCUGGACAUCGCCGGCCUGGACACGCCUGCAGACAUGGAUGGAAAGUCCAUCCUCCCCCUGCUGGACACGGACAAACCUGCCAACAGGUUUCAGGUGACCCGGAAGCCGAAGGUGUGGAGAGACUCGUUCCUGGUGGAGAGAGGGAAGCUGCUCCACCCUCGGGUGGAGGGGAAGGAGGUGUCUCAGGAGGAGAACUUCCUGCCCAAACACCAGCGAGUCAAAGAUCUGUGUCAGAGAGCCGAGUACCAGACGCCCUGCCAGCAGAGCGGACAGAAGUGGCAGUGCGUGGAGGACGCCUCGGGAAAGCUGCGGCUCUUCAAAUGCAAGACCGAAGGGGGCGGGGCCAAAGGCUUCCAGCGGGGCGUGGUCAGCCAUCAGCAGCCAAUCAGCAUCAAAUCUCAGCUGUACCUUCCCAGCUCGGACGCCUGCAACUGCGACUUCAGCGACCUCCUGCCCACCAACGUCCGGCCGUCCAUCACCAGGUCCUUCAAGAAGAAAUCGUUCUUCUCCAAGAAGAAGUUUAAAGCCGUGAAGAGCUACUCGAGGAACCGCUACAGCCGCUCCGUCUUCGAGCUGAACGGUUACCCCGGCAACCAGAGCGUGGUGGGCGGAGCCGGUCACAACGAGUCCCAGGACGAGUUCAGUGGGAUGGGAGGAGUUGACGACGCAGCGGCGCCAUCUAGCGCCGUCAAAGUGACUCACAGGUGCUCCAUCCUGUCCAACGCCUCCGUGAAGUGUGACACCGGCGUCUAUCAGUCCCUGCAGGCGUGGAAGGACCACAAGCUGCACAUCGACCACGAGAUCGAGACUCUGCAGACCAAGAUAAAGAACCUGAGAGAGGUCAGAGGACACCUGAAGAAGUCCCGCCCCCUGCAGUGUGACUGCAACAAGUACCUGUACAAGGCGAAGCUGAAGAAGAAGCUUCGCUUCAGAGGAGGAGGAGGAGGAGGAGGAGGCCUUCAUCCUUUCAGGAAGGGCGGGGCUUGGAACAAGAAGGCGUGGCUUCAGAAAGAGCAGAAGAGGAGGAAGAAGAUGAGGAAGAUGAUCAAGAGGAUUCGAAACAAUGACACGUGUUCGAUGCCGGGCCUCACCUGCUUCACGCACGACAACCAGCACUGGCACACGCCCCCCCUCUGGACAUUGGGACCAUUCUGCGCCUGCACCAGCGCUAACAACAACACCUACUGGUGUCUGAGGACCAUCAACGAGACCCACAACUUCCUGUUUUGUGAGUUUGCCACCGGAUUCCUGGAGUACUUCGACCUGAGCACGGACCCGUACCAGCUGAUAAACGGCGUGGGCUCGUUGGAUCGGACGGUCCUGAAUCAGCUGCACGUCCAGCUGAUGGAGCUCAGAGGCUGCAAAGGUCACAAGCAGUGCAAUCCUCGCACGCGCUCAGUGGAGCUGGCAGGAGGGCGGGCUCAUGGCGGCUUUGGUGACUACAGGCUGUUUGAGAGGAGGAAGUGGCCCAGAGUGAAGAAGCCUUCGUCGUCGCGAACGCUAGGUCCGAUCUGGGACGGCUGGAAGGGCUAAGCUUCCUGAUUGGCUGACGCCGGCUCCAGACUCCGCCCACCGCAGCAGUCUGAAGGAGGAAGGCGUGGCAACACAGAUCGACCGCCACGCCCCCACCCCAGCGGCCGGCCAAUCAGCUUCUGCGUUUUUAGUGACAUCACUGGGAGGAAACGCUCAACGCGCCUCUUCAUCGUCUGCUCCUGCCUCCUCUUCCUCCUCUCCCUCAGACUGCUGCUGUCGCUCCGAGGAGGAGGAAGAGGAGGAGGGAGGCUCUGGGUGGAGGAGCAGGAGGAAGGAGGAAGAGGAGGAGGAGGAGGGGAGCUCCUACGUGUGUCUCUGACUCCCUGAGCGUUGCCUUUCAGGCGGCUCCUCCUGGGAGACAACGCGCGAUUCUUCUAGGCUUUCCACUCAUUUCAAGAUUUAAUCUUCUCUUGUUUUUAAUUCAGUGUGAGAAAUAUACGUUUGUCCUUCAUCAGGAGAUACGGCGAAACAUUUGCUCCUCCUCCUCCUCCUCCCAUUGGCCCCUUCAUGUCAUGUGUUUGUAUUUAGUCUAACAGUCUGAAAAGACGUUAAAGGACCAGUCGAUGUCUGACGUCACCACUAAUGUGGUCAUGUGACUGUUGGUCACCUGUCUGACCGACGGCGUUACUCAUGACAGCUGCAGGUGUACUAACCAGGUGAUGGACUACAGUUCCCAUGAUGCCACACCGCCACCCCUGACGAUGACGACGACUUUCCUGAGCGGAGGGGCGUCUCUUGAUGAGCCAAUCAGAGACAGGACUCAGUGAUGAUGUCGCCAAGAACUCGUUUUUAUUUGUGUGUUUCUGUUUUGAAUUUCUAACCGUCCAAUCACCUUCCUCCUCCUCGGUUUCAUCCCUGGAGCCGCCGGAGGCGCAGACGGCGAGGAGGGAAAAUGUUUCUGAUGUCUGGAUUCACACAGGAAGUUCAGACCUGAGGUUCCUGCCUGGGCAGGAAGUAGUCAGCGUUAAAAUAAAGAGAUGGUGGCGGGAGAUGGUAGAACGUACGUUUGGAAUAAGGCAACACGGAGGGAUCAGUUCUCCUAACAGAGUACCCAGAGAGAAUCCGUGUGUGCACAGGGAGAACAUGCAGACCAUGUAGAAAGACCCCAGGCCGGGAUUUGAACCCAGGACCUUCAUGCUGCAAGGCAGCAGCGCCACAGCUUCACUGUGCAGCUCAUUGAUAUCAUUAAAAAUAGAUUUUCAGUUCAAAUUUAAUCAAAGGGUACAAAAGAAGUCUUUAGUUGUUGGUUCAUGUUUGUCUUUGUUUGCUGCAGAAUAUCAACAAAUCAUGAGUUUAUGAUGAAUAAAGGUCUUAAGUCUCUUUUCUCCAGGUGGAUUAACUAUUUUAGUGACGAAAGAUUUUACUGAAACUUCAGGAAUCAGGGAGAAACGGGCCAGGAUGAUUCCUGCUGCUGACUGAUGCAGACAGUGGUGCUGAUAGGAUCUCUGAAGGUCAAAUUUGGGUCCAGUUGGUGGAUUACUGGUCCGGUUUUAGGUGGACAGAACCCUGAAGCUGCUGGUUCUGGUCCUAAAGCUGCUGGUUCUGGUCCUAAAGCUGCUGGUUCUGGUCCUCCUCCCUGUGUGAAUCCAGUCAGACUCUGAGUCCUCGCCGUCUGCGGUUCUGGUCGCUGUCUGACACCGACCCGGGCCGGCUCUGUUUGAAUGUAUGUGUAAACGCUGCCAUGUGUGUUUUAUUGUUGAAGAAGGCCCGGUUCUGACGGGACGGACCCACAGAAGGACACGCUGCAGAGCACUUUGGCUGAAGGCCUCCCACUGACCUGUGGAUGUUAGUCUGUGAAUAAAGUGUUGAAUGCCAAACCGA